CCCGUUCCUAUGCUGCUGAGUUAUCUCAAAAACAAGAAGUCACACAACCUGGCAUGAGUGAUUGGUGACAUAGAAUCACUGUGACAGAAGUCAGAGAAGGAGGAGGAGUUGUGGCCUGGGAUGACCAGGGAAUGGAUGAGGUUUAGCUCUUCUUCCGCUUUCUUCUGUUCACGAGAGCAGUGAUUUCCAGGCUUUCUUAGCAAUGUGCCACUUCCCCUGACGUACUUACCAGACAGUGAAUUUUCCAUUUUUUACAAGAAGAAAAUUUUGGUGACAAAUUAUCCAAUAACAAAAGGACUUGUGUCUACUAAGAUCGUAACAUAUAAAAAAUCAUGGCCUCAGAAGAAAUUAAGCUUGCAAAGAAUGUCCACAGCGAGACUGCGGGUGCAGAAGCUUCAGACAAGAAGAAGGGAGGCAAAUUCCAGCCUUUUAAGAAGUUGUUUGGCAAAAGGAAAAAGAAAGAUACUACAUUGUCCCAGGCCGGAUCGUCGGGGAAGAAGAGCCACUCUCCUUUGAGUGUCAACAAUGGGAACUUCUCUUCGGAUGAGGAGACCCUGGAGGACAAUCUGAGGUCCUUCAACUAUUCUAUGGGAACCCGGGCGUUUUCCCAUGACAGUAUUUUUAUCCCUGAUGGGGGAGCAGAAAGUGAGCAGACAGUUCAAGCAAUGUCACAGGACAGCAUCCUGGGCAAAGUCAAAACUCUUCAGAGACAGUUGGGCAAGAAUAUCAAGUUUGGGCAGCAUCCACCCAAUGCCGUUCCCAUGAAGAAGGCAGGGAGUGGAGAAGCCAGCUCAGAAGAGGACCUGUUCCUGACCAGUCCCAUGGAAAUUGUGACUCGGCAAGACAUUGUCCUCUUAGAGGCUGAGAACAAAUCCAGUGAUACGCCAAGUUCUCCGAGUCCUUUGAAUCUACCCGGAGCUGGAAGUGACAUGGAGGAGAAGGUUGCUCCAGUUAAACCAUCUCGGCCAAAAAGGCACUUCUCUUCUGCUGGCACUAUUGAAAGUGUCAACCUUGAUGCCAUCCCCCUGGCCAUCGCUCGCCUGGACAACAGUGCUGCCAAGCACAAACUGGCCGUUAAGCCAAAAAACCAGAGGGUGUCAAGGAAGCACAGGCGGCUUGCCCAGGAUUGGCAAAAUGAGCCAGGCAGCCUUGAGAGUCAGCCGUCCCUGGACCAGAACGGACACCCUGGGGAAGACAAGCCCAUCUGGCCUGAAGAGGAACCAGAGCCCCUGGGACCCGACGAAGAGAAAAGACUCCAAGAAGACUACUGGCGAGAACUUGAGGCCAAGUGCAAACGGCAAAAGGCGGAAGCAGCCGAGAAGAAACGCCUCGAAGAGCAGAGGCUGCAGGCGCUAGAAAGAAGGCUGUGGGAAGAGAACCUACGGCAGGAGCUCCUGGAGGAGGAGGCCAGGGAGGAGGACCUGCUGCUGGAGGCAGAAAGAGGGACGAAGAGGGGCACGGAAGAGCACGGUUACCGAGAGCAAGAGCAGAGGGAAUGGGAGGACCUUGCGCUGCUGGAGGCCCAAGAGCUGAGGCGUCUACAGGAAGAGGCCGAGCAACUGGAGGCUGAGAGACAGCAGGAAGAGGCCAGGAGGCUAGAGGAGGCCAGGAGGUUGGAGGAGGAGGAGGCCAGGAGGCUGCAGGAGGAGGAGGCCAGGAGGCUAAAGGAGCUGAGGCAGAGGGAGGAGCAGGAGGAAGCAGAGCGGCAAGAGGAGCUGAAGCGGCAGCAGCAGCAGGAAGAGGAGACCAGGAAAAUGGAGGAGCAGAGGAAGCAGGAGGACAUGGAGGCAGCGAAGGCGCCAGGGAGACAGGAGGAGAGGCCACCGCAGCCAGAGGACCGCAGGGGCCUGCGGAACGCCCUGCACAGUGACUUGGAGGAGAAGCCAGAAGAACUCAAAAGGCGAAGAGUAGACGCCAAGGGACAGAGCCAGGAGGCCGGGCAAAGGGCAGAGUCCCCAGGGGAUGAUGGCGAGGUCAAGGGAAGGAGGGAAGAGGCCGAGGUUGAGCCUCCCCAGAAGCAGGAGGGACAGAUGGAGGACACGAAGCCUCCGAUGGAAAGGACCCGAGCCUCGGCUCUGGAAAAAGACAGAAAGGUGGAGGAACUCAGGUGGCAGGAGGUGGACGAGCGACAGACCAUGUCCAGGCCCUACACAUUCCAGGUGUCUUCGGGAGGGAGGCAGAUUCUCUUCCCCAAAGUCAACCUGAGCCCCGUGACCCCCGCCAAGGACGCGGGCAUCGGCCCCGUGACUCAGGAGGCCCCUGUCCCCCGCGGCGGCGCGGUCCCGCACCUGGCCUCCGCCUUGAGCAUCCCGCACACGGCCAUUCUGGUGACGGGCGCGCAGCUGUGCGGCCCGGCUGUCAACCUGAGCCAGAUCAAGGACACGGCGUGCAAGUCCCUCCUGGGCCUGUCGGAAGAGAAGCGGCACGUGGAGGUCCCCGCGCCCGAGCAGCCAUCCCGGGCGGUGGGCGGGAAGGCCAGGCCUCCCCCGGAGUCAUCGAGCAGCGCGGCCGCACUGGCCGAGUGGGCCUCCAUUCGGUCCCGAAUCCUAAAGAACACCGAGGGCGACCGAGAGCCAGCCAGGCCCGGAGAGGAGCCGGGUCCCCGGGGCCGCUGCGAUUCCCGCGGACACCUGCGCAGGACCCCGCCGGGCAAUGCCAAGUUCUCCAUCAUGCCUGCCUGGCAGAAGUUCUCCGACGGUGGCACCGAGGCCUCCAAGCAGAACGCGGAAGCCGAAAGCAUUAGGAAAAGGCCCGGUCCGGGGUCCGACGAAGACGCAGCAUCCCUGCCUGUCCCCGUGUCCCCACGAGCAUUCCCCAGGAGCCCCGAGAAGCCUGACGGGCGCCACGAGUCAGCCGACACCACGGACGGGUGCAAAUUUGCCAAAGACCUCCCAUCUUUCCUUGUCCCCAGCCUUCCUUCCCCUCCGCAGAGAGCCCACGCAGAGCCCACGGCCACUUGUGACAACAGCGAGACCACAAGCGGCAUGGCAAAAGCGGACGCUGUGGUGCCUGCUGGUGAGGAAAAGGUCUCGCCUUUUGGAAUAAAACUGAGAAGGACCAACUACUCCUUGCGCUUCCACUGCGAUCAACAGGCCGAACAGAAGAAGAAGAAGAGGCACAGCAGCACCGGGGACAGCGUGGAGGGGGCGCCACCCGCCGUGGGCAGCGCCCAGGGAGAGAAGGAGACCCAGGGCGGGGCGCUCAAGCACGGCCCACAGGAGAGGAAGCCAGCCCCGGCCCCCCGGAGGGACUCUACAGAAAGUCCUGCCAGCGGCCACCCUCCUCCGCCUCCUCCUGGAGCCCAGCCACCCGCCAGCAGUCCGGCCCCAGCUCCAGAGCACGACAAGGCAGCAAGCAAAAUGCCACCGAUGCAGAAGCCAGCCCUGGCCCCCAAACCCGCCGGGCAGACCCCACCAUCAUCCCCCCUCUCUAGACUCAGCAGGCCCUACUUGGUAGAGCUGCUGGCUCGGAGAGCUGGGAAGCCGGACCUUGAGCCCAGCGAGCCUUCCAAGGAGGGCCCAGACAGUAGUGGUCCCCAGCCACCCUCACCGCCACCCCCAGAGGAGAGGAAGGGACAGAAGAGAGAUGAGGAGGAGGUGUCAGAGAGGAAACCUGCUUCCCCACCUUUGCCUGCCAGUCAGCAAGAGAAACUGUCCCAAACACCUGAGGCUGGGAGGAAAGAGAAGCCUGUGCUUCAGAGCAGACACUCAUUAGAUGGCUGCAGACUUACGGAGAGAGUUGAAACUGCCCAGCCACUGUGGAUAACAUUAGCACUGCAAAAGCAAAAGGGGUUUCGUGAGCAGCAAGCAACUCGGGAGGAGAGGAAGCAAGCCCGAGAAGCCGAACAGGCAGAAAAAUCCUCCAAAGAAAAUGUCAGUGUCAGCCCACAGCCUGGAAGUAGCAGUGUCAGCAGAGCAGGUCCCCUGCACAAGUCCACUGCUCAACCAGAAGAGAAGAAGCCUGAGACUGCAGUGUCCAGACUCCAGCGCAGAGAACAGCUCAAAAAAGCCAACACUCUUCCCACAUCUGUGACAGUGGAGAUUUCAGAUUCAGUUCCCCAAGCGCCACUGGUGAAAGAAGUCUCCAAGAGGUUCUCCAGCCCAGAUGCUGCCCCUGUAUCCACAGAACCAGCCUGGCUGGCUUUGGCCAAAAGAAAAGCAAAGGCUUGGAGCGACUGUCCACAGAUUAUUAAGUAAAGAGUGAUUCUUGUUCAUUCCUAUUGCCAGUUACUGGCUCCUCUCUUGCCCUUUUUAUUUAUUUAUUUUUUAUAUGCAGUAAAGAAACCAAGCUAGGGAAAAGAAGCAUGUUUUAUAGGCUCUAAAAUAAUGUUUAGAAACUGAACUGGUGGUGUUCAUUGUAAAGAGUGUAUUUGCACAACCUUGGGUCCUGGUGCCUUGAGCUCCCCCUAAUUCUCAAGAGACAGUUCUGUCCAAGGGACCACAUGAAGCAAAAUCUCCAAACUUCACAUGCUCCUCAGGAGAGCCCACCAUGCCUGUUCCAUGGCCCUUCCACAUGCACACCCACACACCAUUCAGAACACAUACUUUUGCCAAUCUUUGUAAUGUUGUUUUGAUUCUCUACUCUUAAUUUCUUCUGUCCAAAAUACUUACUCUGCCAUGUUUGGGUAAUGUCUACUCGGUUUACCGUAAUGGUGAAAGGCUCAUAUGUAGACAAAACAAUGUCCAUUCUCCUGAAUGUGAUAACUAAGGAUCACAAGAAAAAGUCUGGCUCCCAACCCUGUUCCAUGUUUGGUUUUCAUGAAUUUCCCCACCCAAAGCUGUAACACAGAGGGCAGAUCAAUUCACCCUACCAUGCUGUGAAUCCACGGUCCUCCUUAUACCACAUGAGACAUUUGGCCUAGUUGGCUUCUGGGGAACAUUUUCACAUCAUAUGGUAAAAAGGAAAUUCUGUAUCUGAGCUGCAAGUUUCUCUUUCUGUCUCAGAAUCUCCAUCUAGUGGGUGGUUCUUUUUAUAGAUGUCCAAGUUGCAGCCAGGCCCCCUCCCAGAUCCUGGGAAGGCAGAGCUGAGAAUAUAUUUGCUAGCAAAAACUCUUCAGAUGAAUUCUGAUCUGUCUCAGAGGUUCAGUAACUUUGGAAUAUACUGAUUCUAGUGCAGUCCAAUUUCUCAGUCUCUAAAGGGGAGGCUCGGUCACCCAAAGCAGCAAAAGUGAGACAGGAAAAAAAUAAUAAAACCACCACCCAAACCAGCCCUUUAUUGUAAGAUGUGACAGGCUAUUGUUUUACAUGUCUCUGAAAAUUCCCUUUGGUCUUAGGGGAAAUUAAUGGAAAGCCAAGAUUUGGAGCCUUAUUCUAAAGACUUCCUGCAGAAGGUAUUUUCUCUAUAAUUGUGUAAUUCAUACUGAGAGUUGAGUGUUCCAUACCAUUUAGACCACUCACCUUGCUACCUUCACAAAGCAUCUCAGAGUUUUAGUGGCCUUGUUAUUAUCAUACACUUAUGCACACAAAUAAGGGACUUAGCAGUUUCAAUACCAUGUUUACUUUUAUUUCCCUAGAUUUGCUUUACCUGAAACAUAGACAUACCAGCAACCCUCCCUCUACACACAUGUACACAUACACACACACACACACAUAUUGAUGGCACUAACUUUGUAUUUCACGGUGUUGGAAUAUUU